UCUUUAUUACUUCCAAUACAUUCGUGUCUAUCGUUCAGGAAACAAGAAUACGAAAGAUUAGUACACACUCGUUCAGGCAAGGAGUGCAACAUUUAUUUAAGGAGAGUUGUUGGGCUGAGCAGCAUCAUCAAUCUUCAUACCUCAUCAAUCAAUCAAUCUGCAACAGCAGCAAAGACAUUCCCCAACCACCCAAGCGAACCAAAACCGAACCGGCGCCCGACACCCGUCAUCACCCCAUUGCCCGUCCUCGAUAACGAACGACAAUUGCAACGAACCGACCGUCACAUUAACCUCGACAUAGCUUGGGAUCAGUAGAGAGUAUCUUCUCCUCUCUUGACAAGCGACGAUACGACUCGGAACGGCGAAGGAGGGCGAUAUCACCUCGCACUCACGAUGGCAAACGCAGGGAACUCCCAGAACGUCAUACGCAGGAAGCUGGUGAUUAUCGGCGAUGGAGCUUGUGGCAAGACCAGUCUGCUCAGCGUCUUCACCCUGGGUUACUUUCCUACACACUACAUCCCGACAGUCUUCGAGAACUAUGUCACAGACUGCAGAGUAGAUGGCAAAUCAGUACAGCUGGCGCUAUGGGAUACAGCAGGACAGGAGGACUACGAACGGUUGCGCCCCCUGGCGUACUCCAAGGCGCAUGUCAUCUUGAUAGGGUUUUCGGUCGACACUCCAGACUCUCUGGACAAUGUCAAACACAAGUGGAUCGAAGAGGCUACGGAAAAAUGCCCCAAUGUGCCUAUUAUUCUCGUCGGGUUGAAGAAAGAUCUGCGGGAAGACCCAGUCGCCAUCGAGGAGAUGCGAAAGAAGUCACUCCGAUUCGUUACAGAACACGAUGGCGAAGCUGUCGCGCGGGAGGUAGGCGCCAGGAAGUACCUCGAGUGCUCCAGUCUGAGCGGUGAGGGUGUGGAUGAUGUUUUCGAGGCGGCGACAAGAGCGGCUCUCUUGACCUUUGAAAAGGGCGAGGGCAACGGCUGUUGUGUUAUUCUGUGAGAAGAGCGUUGAGCCAGUUUCUCGGGGUGCCGAUGGGAAGAGAGGGUUCAGGCGCGUGGCUCAAGGCCGUCCCGAUGCUUGUGGAAAUGGUCAUGGAUUCAUGGUCUUCUGGACUCGAAUUACGACGGAUAAGGGAUACGAAUUGAAAUCGGCCGCCCGUUCGAUAUCAUUACUCUCAACGCCCACUCAGCUUAUCCAGGGGCUGCAUCAUGAACACACCACAGACUCUUCAAGGGAGGGGGACGAACUCGGUGUUCGACUACUUCACAACGAUGCGCCACGGUGGCAGCCACACGUUUCAAUGGCACAUGGGGGGGACUCGCGACCACACCAGCUGAGCCCAAGUGCCAUGCUGCAAUAUCAUGUCAGAGAGGCUCCUCAUGCGCCACAUGGCCUACAAUUUCCAGGUUCAUGUGGUCGCGUGUCAGGUAUGGUGGCAGCGGAAUGGAAUGUUGUAGAAAUACCGGAGGAGGCACACAGUCGGUCUGAGCGGUUGGGACAGUUAAUUGCUUCACCAACACAAAAAGGUUGAAUUAUAGCGUAGCAGGGUUUAACCAACUAAUGUCAUUCUAAUUUCGAUUCUCUGC